UUUCUAAAUUUAUAUUUCCGAAUUUUUCUAAAUUUGUUUUUCUAAACUUUUCUGUUUUUCUGAAUUUUUCUAAAUUUAUUUUUCUGAAAUUUUUUGACAACUUCAUAGCUUAAGCACUUUUUCAGGUUUUGUUCAAGGCGAAUCUAUUAAAGGUAGUAUAGGUAAACCAGCCAUUUUUUUCUUUCGCCGUAUCCAUGAUGGCCACGAUAUUCCUUACGGAAGUUUAUGCCAUCUUGAAUGUGGCAUACUGGCUAAUUGAGAAAAAGUGGCGGGGUAGCAGUAUUGAAAUUUGUAGUGACAGUCAAGCUGCACUGAAAGCCCUUGCGAACUCACGCUGCUCUCCGAAAUUAGUCGCUGAAUGUAAGACAAAACGGAACAGUGUUGCAAAACACAACAAAGGUAGUUUUAUUUGGGUACCUGGACAUUGUAGUAUUACAAGAAACGAGUUAGCUAAUAAACUGGCUAAUGAAGGCUCUGCAAGCAUGCCACUAAGCCCUGAACCAUUUCCAGGUGUCAAUUCCGCAUCGAUUCAACUAUGGAUUGAUGACUUCAUGAGGUCUAAAGGACCUGAGAGUAGUGACGUAUUCAGUCUUAUUAAAAUGUUCCUGCUGAUCGGUUUGCUCGUAACUGUGACAGUACUCACCGCCGCUGUACUCAUCUACAAGCUGAAAUAUAAAUAUUUGAUCGAUGUGACAAGGGACAUACCAUCAGCACCCGCAUUACCCAUUCUAGGGCAUGCACUCUAUUUCGUCAAUAAGCCAGCACAAGUAAAAGUAGAAAAAUUUGUUGACCUCCUUAACAUUUAUGGCAAUACGACAAAGGUGUGGUUGGGCCCUGAACUGCAUAUUUUGUUCUCUGAUGUAAAGGAUGUGGAGGCGGUUUUGGGUUCGAUGGUAUUAAUUGAAAAGGCGGACGUGUAUAAAGCGUUGGAGCCAUGGCUAAAGGAAGGUUUACUCGUGAGUCGUGGACGCAAGUGGCGUAAGCGUCGAAAGGCUAUAACACCGGCAUUUCAUUUUAAAAUCUUGGAACAAUUUAUUGAAGUGUUCGAGCGUGAAUCGCGUGUUUUGGUGGCCAAUUUGGAGCGCGAGCGGCAAAUGCAAGGCAGUAAGGGAAUAAAUUUCGAUGUUUGGAUAAAUUUGUACACGCUGGAUACAAUUUGUGGCUUAAUCAGUCUUACUAAAAUGUUUCUGAUGAUCGGUUUGCUCGUAACUGCAACAAUACUCACCGCCGUUGCACUCAUCUACAAAUUGAAAUAUAAAUAUUUGAUCGAUGUGACAAGGGACAUACCAUCAGCACCCGCAUUACCCAUUCUAGGGCAUGCACACUACUUUAUCAAUAAGCCAGCGCAUGCCAUCGAAGAAACAUUUCGUGAAUUCUUUAACAUUUAUGGCAAUACGACAAAGGUGUGGUUGGGCCCUGAACUAUAUAUUUUGCUCUCUGAUGUAAAGGAUAUAGAAGCGGUUUUGGGUUCAAUGGUAUUAAUUGAAAAGGCGGACGUUUAUAAAGCGUUGGAGCCAUGGCUACAGGAAGGUUUACUCGUGAGUCGUGGACGCAAGUGGCACAAGCGUCGAAAGGCUAUAACACCGGCAUUUCAUUUUAAAGUCUUGGAACAUUUUAUUGAAGUGUUCGAGCGUGAAUCGCGUGUUUUGGUGGCCAAUUUGGAGCGCGAGCGGCAAAUGCAAGGCAGUAAGGGAAUCAAUUUCGAUCCUUGGAUAAAUCUGUACACGCUAGAUACGAUUUGUGAAACUGCCAUGGGCGUGUCAGUGCAUGCGCAAACCCACACCGAUUCGGAGUAUGUGCAAGCGGUAAAAACCAUCUCCACCGUCACGCAUAAGCGCAUGUUCGACAUCAUCUAUCGCUUUGAUUUCACUUAUCAGUUCACCGCACUGGCACGCGAAGAGAAACGUGCAUUAGCCGUCCUGCAUGGCUUCACCGAGCGCAUUAUCAUGCAACGACGCGAAGAGUUGCUGCGUGCGCAAAACGAUGUUGGUGUUGCCGACGUCGAUGCCGAUAACGACGACGAUGUGGGUGUGAAAGGCAAACAAGCAUUUCUCGAUAUACUAUUGCACUCGCUGAUCGAUGGCAAGCCGCUGAGUAAUUUGGAUAUACGCGAAGAGGUGGACACAUUCAUGUUCGAGGGACACGACACCACCUCCUCGGCAAUCAUUUUUUUCUUCUACAACAUAGCGACCUAUCCGGAAUGUCAGAGGAAGUGUUUCGCAGAGAUUGUAGACGUUUUUGGCAAGGAUAAAACUAAGCCUGUAACCCAUGAGGCGCUUAAUAGGUUAAACUAUGUGGAAUUGUGCAUUAAGGAGACGUUGCGUAUGUUCCCCUCAGUGCCGCUUUUGGGACGUAAAGUCACGAAGGAAUGUGAAAUAAAUGGUAAAACUAUACCGGCUGGUGCUAAUAUCGGUAUUUCGCCACUUUACCUGGGACGUAAGGAGAAUAUCUUUCCCGAAGCGAACACGUUUAAACCAGAACGAUUUGAUACUUCAAACAAUUCAAUGAAAAUUAAUCCUUACAGCUUUAUACCAUUCUCGGCUGGUCCGCGUAACUGCAUCGGUCAACGCUUCGCCAUAUUGGAGGUGAAGAGCGUUGUGGCAAAUGUACUGCGUCAUUUUGAAGUCGAGUAUGAAAGCGGAAAUGAGCCGAUACUUCUUGCCGAGUUGAUAUUGCGCAACAAAGAUCCAUUGAUGUUCAGACUAAAGCCAAGAGAAUAUUAACUAUAGAAAAGAGGAAAGAGAGGAAGAUAGAGUGGGAGGGAAAGAAAUGCAACCUAGGCGUACACAAAUGCUUUGCAUCCUUUUUUGGACAUAACAUCGAUACAUCAAUUUUCACUGAAACUACACACACAGCGAUAAUUAAAUUCACUGAUAGGCUCGUCACAAUGGGUCCGUUUCGUUCGUUACGACAACGAAUUUGACUGACAUUUUGCUGUCAUGGGUGGGCCAUGUAAAAUUUGCUUUUUGAAUCGGCUAUAAAAAAAAAAACUAACUAACUUUUUCAAACUUUUUCUUUAUUUUGAAGACUGAACAUUGUCAUUUAUGAAUGAAAAAUAAUAUCGUUCAAAUGACUGCCACGACUGGCUUUACAGUAGGCCAUUUGAUCAACCCAAUUUUUAAGCACAUUUUCGAUUAUUUGGGCUCCAAUUUCAUAAAUGGCAACUUCAAUUUCGUGGUUUAAAGCAGCAAUCGUCUCUGGAUGGUUCGCAUAGCAUUUGUCCUCAACGGCUCCCCACAAAAAAUAGUCCAAAAGGCUUAAAUCACAGCUCCGAGGCGGCCAAUUGAUAUCGGAAUUUCGGCUGAUUAUUCGGUUUUCAAAAGCGCUAGCCAAAAGUUCGAAUGUAACUUUGGCAGUGUGACAAGUUGCACCGUCCUGUUGAAACCAAAUGUCGUCCAUGUCAUCCUCUUCAAUUUUUGGAAACAACUCGUUGAGGAUGUCACGGUAACGCUUGCCAUUUACUGUAACCGCGGCUCCUCGCUCAUUUUCGAAAAAAAUGGCCCGAUGAUGCCGCCAGACCAAAAACCGCACCAAACAGUGACUCCUUGUGGAUGCAUUUGCUUCUCUACAGUAACUUGUGGUUUUUCUGAGCCCCAAAUCCGACAAUUUUGCUUAUUGACGUAGCCACCGAUGUGAAAACCAGAAAAGAAGAAGAAGACUCAUCACUUUGGAAAUAGGUUUUCAAUAUUUACCAAUUUUGUUCAAUCGUAUAGCGUCCCAUUUCGUAAAUGUCAAACCUUUAAGUAAAUUAUAAACACAUUUGACAUGUCUUUUGUGUUACCAUUCUCAAAAAAAUAGGUGAUUCAAAAAGCAAACGCUAUAUGACCCACCCUGUAGAUUAUGUGUAUUUGAGUCGAAGCCCCACAUGCAUACAUCAUAUCACUCAAGCUGCCGCAUUGUCUAGUCGAACACGACAAAUUCGCAACACCAAACGCUUCAUAGAACCGAGAUAAAAUACAGCAUUAACCUUUUGGCUCAUUUCCAUGUAACGCAAUGAAGAUUUCGGCACUUUUUAUGAAUUCACGCACAGGCCGUUAUGAUUGUAGUCUUGCUGAACUUCCGUGCCUCCUUUGAAUCGUGUAAGCCACUCAAAAGUAGAGGAACGAGAUAAAAACUCAUCACCAUAAACUUUUUGAUGCAUCUCGGACGCCAUUUUACCGAGCUUAAAAUAGAAAUUAUUAUUAUUAUUAUUAUUAUUUUAUUAUUAAACAUAGAAAUUAAUACUGGUUCUUUGUUCAAAAUUAAUUUUCCGGUCGAUGCUUCAAAAGUACUGUCACAUUACACGUAAUAAAUCAGCUUCUAUUAAACUCAAUGCUAUUUUGAUACAGCAUCCGUGAUGGAUGUAGCUUCAUGCGUUCAAAUCUAAAAGAAUGCGCUACUGGUUACUGAGAUAUGAAGGCAGCCUGGGGACUUUUGUGGCAGACCUUGUAUGCAAAUAAGUAAAUUCUGCAGAGAUUACUGAAGAUAUUCUCCUUUGCCAAUAACAAUUUCAGCAAUUCAUAUACAUAAAUAUUUUCCCUUGAAUAUACAUACAUAUUUCUGCGAGAUCUGCGUAAGCACAAAGGAAUGUUAAAAUCUUACGAGCGCGCUUGCCACAUUUCCAUCCGAACAAAUUCAUUUACACUCCCAUCGUAGUAAAUUCCAAAAAAUAAAUACAUACAUAUGUAGUAGAAUAUAAGUACAUAUGUAUGUAUACAAGUAUGUAUGUAGCGCCGCCGUCUGUAUGUAUAAGUGCAUAGUAUAUAUGUAUGUACAUGCAAUCAAUUCAUCCUCUAUGCCAUUGAUGGAAAAAUUGCUACAUUUGUUUUUUGCUAAAAAUUUUCCAUGACCUCCAAUGAAAGACGUAAGAAUAUGCUGAGCUCAAACACUAAACAAGCCAUUUGCGAAAGUAACUACAAACAUAAAAUUCAAUGAUUUCCAUUUUACAUUAUUCACAAGUAAACAAGUAUGAGUGUGGGCGAAAUGUCUAACAAUAAUUAUUAGGAAAAUGAUUUGUUUUGAAAUAGAGUAAAGUUCCAAAAAUAACUUGAAA